AUGGCUAUGAGAAGGCGACUGUCCAACGCGGUGGAAAGGCGCCCUUGCCACAGUGUUCUAAAGGAACGCCUUUACCACAAGUCUGUUGAACUCGAAAAGAAGACUAAUUUCACGCGAAUCGAAAUCGAGGGUUUACUUCGCAUUUUUGACAAGAUCGUUGAGAAGUACAAAUCGCCCAUAAAUCGAAUGAUUUUCAAAGACAUUCUUUUCAACUUCUUCGAUUUUACGAAUGACGCCAUGAUGGAGCGCAUUUUUCAAGCACUUACUACCGCAAGUGCCAAUCCUCUCCUCACUUACGAUGACUGGAUCUACGCGCUUAACAUAUUUUUGCGAGGUUCAUUUAUGCAGAUGACGAACUUCGCCUUCACUGUUUACGAUCACCACAGACGGGGAUUUCUUACCAAGGAGGACAUCCAGUUCUUUCUGCGCGAUGUUCUCAUCGCAAGGCUGCCAGAAGAGGACGCCGAUGAACUGAAGACGGACAUGGUCGACACUGUGUUAAAUCUCUUUGAUAAGGACAAGGAUGGCAUAAUAAGUCGCAAGGAUUUCGUACUCAGCGUAGUUACAGAGCCUCUGCUUAUUGAGGUUCUGGGUGAAUGUUUACCAACUAAUAAGAGUGUACUGAUUUUGGAGUCUCUGAUCAGACAAAGAUCAACAACAGCCUCACGGGCGCUUCUUUGA